AUGGAGCAAUUUCGGGGUCGCUGGGUUAUAGACAAAGCCCGCUCAACCGGCACAGAUGGUAUCCUCAAGCUCCAAGGCGUCCCUUGGGCCCUCCGAAAGGCCGUGAGCGUGGUGACUGUCACUCUUGACGUGACCUUGUUCCCGAAGGCGUCUCCGAACGCCACGAACGGCACCGCCACCGAAAGCGAAAGAACCCCGCCAGUAACUGGUAUCGAGAUCCAGAUCACAGCGACCGGCGGCUUGGCCGGCACAAAGCAUUUACAUGUCCUUGACUGGAUGGACGACAACGACGAUGUGUAUCCCGAUAUCCAGAUGAAGAGGGAAGUUGCCGAUGGAAAAGGGAGGAGGUUCUUGCGAGGGGAGAUUCUGGAAGAUGGGACGGCGUCCAAGUGGUCUGUUGGCGAUGGUGCUCCUGAAGAGGCGAGUUGGGUACAUACCUUUAUUUGGAGUGUGCCAGAGAAGUGGACACUUGAACAGGUCUGGGGCUUUGAGGAGAUCGAUGGGCAUUUGUGCCAUGCUCGGCGGUUUGUCGCCGUUGAUAAACAGGGUGAGUAUGUACUCGGCAGAGCCAUCUAUAAGAGGGUGGAGGGCGGGUCUGAGAGUAAGAAAUGA